GCGGUAUUGAACAGCGUCUGCAUCAUACUAUUCAAUAGCAAACAAGGAGGGCACAAUAACUUCUUGUGAUGAAAAUUUUUGUGAAAUAUGGCUAAUGCAAAAGUCAAAGUAACCUUAGAGGAGACUGUCAGUUGUGCCAAAGACUACCAGAAACAGCUACAGGAUCUUCUCUUGAAGCUGGAUGAAGCUGAAGCUCAGUUGAAAAGGUCAGCAGAGGAUGCCAGAGAAUACAUCAACAGCUAUUUUAAGGAUCUGACUGAAAAGCUACUCACUGUCAUAAAACAGAGACAAGAAAAUCUAUCUAAUGAGAUUACUAUUAGGUGUAAAGAAAAGAUAAAGCCACUCUCAGAAUGUCGUUACUUAAUAGAAGAUAAACUGGAGACAGCAGUGAAUGUUUGUAUGGAAGGAGAACACAUUUUAAUUGAGGAAUGUGAUAUUUCCAGUGAAGAUGUAAAACUUCUGUGUGAUAAAUCACAGUAUUUUGGAAGCCUUCCUGAAGUUCCUGCCCCAUCAGAAGUACCCCACUUUUCUGUGGAUUUCAACUCUAAUUUAUAUAAAGACCUCAUGCAAGCUAUUCUGUCUGAUGGAGUCAUCUUAGUGCAAAAUGCUAUUGAAAUCACUAAUGUGGAGGAAAAACCAGGGGCUCUUGUUGUCCAUUGGAAUGAGAUUGAUGAUGAAAAUAACCAAGAACCACACAAGUAUCAUCUUCAGUGUUGUCGUGGCGAUGCUAGGAACAACCCAGAAGUUGUAAGCAAUUUUUAUGAUGUGUACAAAGGAAAUGAUACACAUUACAUUAUUAGAGAUGUUGAGUGUGAUGUUCCCUAUUCAUUUAGGGUAUCAAGACGACCUAAAAAUGACUCCAAUUUUGGACCCUGGUCUCUCAUUUAUACCAGUACCACCACAUUACCUCCAUAUGAGUGGGAUCAUUCAAACAUUGAUUAUAUGUUAACAAAUGAGAGGAAGAUUGCCACAAAAUUAUAUUCCGACUCUCAUAGUGUGCUUUGUUCCAAAACACCUUUGCUCAGUCUCCCUCAUUCCUUACACUUCCGAAUUCUGGACGUUGGAAAGACACCAAAAUUGGAUGAAGGUAUAGCAUUAAUUGAUGCAAGUGUUCAUACUCAAAGUACAAAGUUCACAUUCCUUCAGCAGGGUGUUGUUUUUAUCAACCUACAAGGCGUUGUUUUUGUUAACGGCUAUAAAAUGAUGACAGAGUUGCUUCCACUGUGCCGUGGAUCAUCUGUUUACUUUUACGUGGAACCUUUGGAUUCAAACAAAAAAGUCAGGGUAAUGAUUGAAAGUGGAGAUGGACAGAUAACUUAUGAUUGGAAGACAGUUCAGGAUACUGGUUGUAAAUACCUAGACAUCUAUUUUGGUAUGUUCUUCAGAGAAGAAGGUUGGAAGAUUGUUGUGGAGUAAUACCAGACAUAAUGUGAGAAAAUGCAUCUACUUCCAACAGUAAACAGGAAAAAUAUUAUACAGAGAUUUUCGUAUCUCAAAAUAAAAUUUAAUCUUAUAAUUCUUUGUUGUAUUUCUCAGUAAGAAGUUUACUAUGCAGCCACUUUACAUAACUGUGUUAGCCCAGUGCUAGUUCACUGGUGAUACUUUGUAAGUAAAUGUUUGGUAUAUAAAAAAAAGUCAUGCAAAAUACUACUGGUUAUAUAUAUAUAUAUAUAUUUUUUUUUGUUAAUCCAAAGUAAAUAUAUUUCAUGAACCCCUUUUAUAUUUGAAUAUGUAAAUGAAUGUUUUCAAAAUAUUAUUAAAAUCCAAAAAUUUAUUACUGCUUUUCCCAUUUUUAAUUCCACUGUUUUUUGUUCAACUUGAAGCUAGCUAAACUAUAAGUAUUUUUUAAUUUUCUGCUUUCAGCUGCUUGAAUUAACCUUGAAACCACUUAACCUAUAAGUUUUUAUAUAAUAUGCUGCCUCCAGUUGUAUAGCUUUUUUUGAUUAACCUUGAAACCAAUUAAAAUACAAGUGUUUACUUAUUCCAGUUGUUUUUUAUAGUACUAGCAUUUAUUUCUAAAUAAAUUUAAAUAUGCAAAUAUUUGUUUUGAAUUUUGAAAUGUCAAAAUAAGAAAUAUUAUUCAGAAACUAAAUUUAAGUACUUAUUUACACAUUUUUUACUUUCACUAUUUUGAAGAAAAAAAAAUCCUUGAAACUAGUUAAAGUACAAUAUUUGUAACAUUUAAGGGUUCCAGCUGUGUUUUCUCAACUUAAUCUAAAAACCAGUAUUUAUAAGAGACCUUGAAUCCAGUUAAACCACAAGUAUUUAAUGGAUUUACUUCUUCCCCUGUAUUUUUAUGGGACUAUCCUUGAGCUCUAUAAAUUUAAUGACCAUGCAAUAGAAAUGCUUUUGAAUUUUUAAAUAUGAAAGUAAAUAUUAUUGAAAUCUCCAGUUUUAUUACUGUUUUGCCCAUUUUUUAUUGUCCUUGUGUUUAUAAGAAACAAGACCAUGAAGAUAGUUAAACUGCAAGCAUUUUUUAUAACUUAUUGCUUUCAAUUUCAUAAUUUUCCUCCUCUAAAGAACUUUGAAACCAAACUUUGUGUAUUUAUAGGACUUAAUGCUUUCAUUUGCAUCUAUUAUAGAUUUAUCUUGAAACCUGUUAAACUACAAGUUUUUGUAGAAUUUACUGCUUUCAGUUUUUGUCUUAUCUAAAUAACCCUGAAACAGUUAAACUAUUUAAGUUUACUGCUGUUUUAGCCAGAUGAUAUUGCUAAGGGUAAAGGCUUCUAUAAAUAUUUUAUGGUUGUUCCCCACAGAUAAAAUAGUUAUGUCAUUAGUACUUAGCCAUUGUUAUCACUAUUUAAAACAAUUCUAUGCAAAAUUGAUUCAAAGUAAUUGUUUGGUGUUGCUUGAAUUUUUCUGUUUCUCAAAUUCAGAUAUACUAUAUUUAAACAGUAUCACCAAAAUUUGCUUUCAUAUUAAAAUCUCCAAUUUCAUACUUGUAUUGACUAAAUUUGAGUCAGCAACAUGGUUUUUUACAGGAACUUUUUUUUGGUGCAGUGUUACUGCAUGUUUUCUGGGUGUACUUAAGGGUUUCAGAGCUGAAUACCCAUGGUAUGCACAAAGAGACUGACUUCUACAUAGUUCAAUUACCCAAGCUGUAGAAAUAUACACAUCUACAAACAGUGUUAGUAGUAGUUUUCUAGAGAUACUCAUGAACAAACACUUUAUCCAAUGGUUUUCUCUUAACAAAUGUAAAAUUUACAUACAAUAAUAAUUUAUUCUGAAAGUGUGUUGUUUAUAUUUUGAUACUGUGUUUUCAUAUACAUUACUUCGAGUAAAAUAGAUGUUACGUAAAUUUGUCCCAUUUAAUUUUUUUUUAUUAAAUUUGUAUGCAAGUGGUCAUGUUUAAAUAUCUCGGGUUUGUAUGUAAUAAGAUCUCAUGUCCUAAACAAAUUAUCUUGGACAGUUUUAUUGCUGUUCCUACAUUUAUCCAUUAUUAUUGUCUAUACCAGUUGUUCCCAUCCUUUUUACAAUUGAGGACCAGCUAGUUCCAAUCCCAAAUUUUCAUGGACCACUUAAUACAAUAUUAACUUAUAUAAAGUACUUUUAAAUUUCAUUAUAAAACAAUAUACUUCAGUAGUUAUAUUCUAAAACAUAAGAUUUUUUUUUCAGUCAUCUUGUGGACUGGUGGGCCAAAACAAUGAAACUAAGUUACCCAAGAUUAGCAAAACGUUAACUGUAUUUACCAUAGCUACUUAUUGUGGAAAAUUUAUAACUAUAUUUGCUCCAGAGUUAGGAUUGUUCAUAAUAAAAACACAGUUUGCAGUUUAUCAUAGGUAUGACUCUAGUCAGAAGUUUAUUUUUAGCAAGAAGCUAACAUUUGUAUAGCAUACUACUCAAAACUGAACAGAAUUAGUUUAUAGUGAGAAACUUGCAUUGUUCAGUUAAUGACAUGAUGGCCAAACCUGAAAUACUUGGGUAUCCAUUUGUAUAUGCAAAUCUAUCUAUUUAUAUAAUGUAGAGACAAUUCUUUGCUAUCAAGAACCUUCAAAAGUAGGGUUGUGAUUUCUGAUGAAUUUUCUUUGUGGUUACCAAAGCUUAUGAUCAGUUGGUUAAAUCGCAACAUUUCUGGUAACUUUCAUUUUCCUGUCUUCAUGAAUCAUCUAUCUCUACUACAGGCUGUAGCUACUUAUAAAGAAACAUCAUUUGACAUCACAGCCUAAACCUUCUAUUAAGUGUGGUUAUGUUGUUAACGAAACAAUAGAUUUUAAUCAUUAGCUAGUUAAGUAAAAUUUUUUAGCCAUAAAAAAAGAAUUGCAAAAUGAUAUAUAUACUGGAAACUUUUACUAAUAUGGAUAAAUAAUGAAAGGUAAGGCAAAACGUUUCCUCAGCUUUUAAAUUUAGUUCAUAACUUAGUAUCUUGCUAUAAAAUUUAACAGUAUAAUCAGUCCAUAGUUUUUUUAUUUGUACCUCAAACUAGUAAAAACAAACCCACUUUAAAAUGAGUGAAUUUAGUAAAGUGAAAUGCCAUUCAGAAUUCAAAUAAUUCUAAUCAGAUUGAAAACAAACAUAAAUUAUGUUGAGAUGUGUAUUUAAUCACUUAUUUUCAUAUUACAGUUAAUUAACACAAUCAAUAUAAGUUACUUUAAUAUUGGAUUAUAAUAAUUCUACUUUACACCAAUUAAGGGAAAAAAAGGCAUCACUGAAGAAGCAAAAAAGAAAAAUUGGAAAUUAAGUGAUUCCAAAACUGCUGUUCAAAUCACACAAAUAAAAACAAUUGAUUUUUGUACUACAAAAACCAUGUAAAUAAAUUAUGACCUGAAUUUCCAAACAAACUACUUAAACUUCUUUAUAUUUUUCGUAUAGUGAGCUUGGUAGAUUUUUUGCUGCUUUUAUGUUGACUGGAGUUAUACAGCUCAUAACCACACAACUGUGUGUUUUAGGUAGCCGUUUCAUAGUACCAAGUACAUUUACUGGGGAGGAAGGAUUUUGUUCUUAAUCAUUCCUAUUAUGAAUUUUUUUUACAUCUUGAUUUGAAGAUAUAUUUAAUCUUAUUGAAGGAUAUAUUUUUUUUUGUUAAACAUUACUGGUGAUAAUGAGUUUUUCAAUAAUGAUAGCAAAAAACCUAGACCCAACACAGUUUUUUCAAGUUAGCAUUAAAAUUAGUCCAAAAUUGAAUUUUUCUCUCUCUCUGUCCUUCCUUUCAAGCUAAAUAAUAUCAGAUAAAGCAUAAAGUUGCUUCUCAAAGUACAUAGUUUUUAAAAUUAAAAUUUUUGUUCUAAUUUCAUAUAAACAGGUACUAUUUGUUGAAGCAAUGGUAAGGUAAAAGUUAAGUAAGGAGCAGCAUUGGGUCAGUAUUUGAAACCAAAGUUUUAACAAGAGUAUUAUGAGUGAAUCUUUGGCCAAGUAAUAAA